AUGGUGAAUUCAUACACUGAUUAUAACUAUGACUUUAAAACUGAUCCUAUCUUAUUUGAAGACACUAUUGAUAACUUGAAUGAAUAUUUACCAAGUUCGUUAAAUGAAUUUGCAAUUCAAAAUUUAUUCAAGAUACGUCAACCAGAUAGAUUGAAAACGAGACAUGAAUAUUAUCUUGAUUUUUGUAAACCAAGGGAAGAUCUAAACCCCAAAAUUGCUGAAAGACUUGAAUUAACAGAAGAUGAAAGACCAAAGUACUUCAAUUCCUUAUGGAAAAUCUACGUUGCUGCUAACAUAGUUGAUGAACAGCUUUCAAAUUCACCACCUGGUGGUGAUAAAGUGUCAAAUACAAAGUACAAUCCAGGUAAUAUUUCAAUAUUCAUUGAUUCAUUUAAAUCUAUUAAGUUUGAAUCUAAACCUGAAGAAAUUAAAGAUGAAAAAUUAUUUGAUAAUAUUUAUGAAUUACAAUUGUUUAUUGAUUAUUCAUUAAACAAUAUGGAUGAAAAAAUUGCUGCAAAGGAAUUAGCCAAAUUAUUAAACAUCUUUUCCACCCUUCAUCGUUAUACUUCAAAUUCUCAACAUAAGAAAUCACGUUUAGAUGAAAAAGCUCAGGAAAAAUCAAGACAAGAAUCCAUGAACAGUUUCAUAGUAUUACCAAUUCUUCAAUUCAUUAAUAAGUUACUUUCAUCUAAUAAUGAAUAUAUUAGGUUUACCAAUGAAAUGGAAAAAGAGAUUGAACCACAAAGACCAAGACAAAUUUGGAAAGCUCAUAUGGUUGGUAAUGAAUCAUAUCCUAAAAACCUCACAAAUCGCCGAAUGUUUCAUAAUUGUGAACCAGAUAUCCCUAUAACUCUUGAAGAUAUUGAAGAUGGUUUAAUCCCUAUUGCUGGAAUUGAAAUGAGAAACCAAGAUUUAGCUUCCCAGCUUGAAAGAUUUCAACAAACUGAUAAUCUCUCUAGUUUAUCAAAAGAUUUCAACUUGACAAGUCAAUAUCAAAUAUUUAUGAAAUUGAAUAGUUAUUUGUUGAGUAAUUUCAAUCAAACAAUAUAUUUUGAGUAUCCAUUGAAUGGUGGUGAAUGGAAAAGUUAUAAUGAAGAUGAUGUUGUUUUCACUGGUGCAUCAUUAAGAUAUAAGUUGUUUGAUAAUAGUGGAAAUACUCCAACAAAUUCCAUGCAGUUACAGCUUUUGUUGAUGCUGAAAGCUUAUGAAGGUAUUAGAAGAAAAACAUCUACAGACGAGUGGUUAAAGGAUUCCAAUGGUGGAUAUGUAUUAGAUAAAGAAUCAUAUAGAUUAAUGGAUGAAGGUUGGAAACCAGAUCUGUUCAAUCCAUUUGUUACAUCAUUAUUCAAAUCUGGGUUUAAACAAAAAGCUGAAUUUGAUAAAUUGGAAAAGAUUACAGAGGAAGAAACCAAAAAUCAAUUGACAAAACUUUUCCCAAAAACUGCCAAUUUGAAAGUUUCAAAUUAUAAAAUAUUGAAUAAACAUUCAACUUACAAAGGUGUGAAACUUGUGAUCAAUGAAUCCAGUGAUAUAUUUAAAGGUGAUAGUGCAAAUACUUCAGAAAAAGUAUUCUUUAAAAUGUUUGAUUUGGUAAAUUUACAAAAUCUUCAUAGUUAUAUUAGCAGUUCAGGUAUACCACAUCAUAAAGAUGAGGUUCAAAAAUUCACUGAAUCAGAACUUUCCAUAUUGAGUUCAUUGAAAGGUCAUAUGAGAUCAGAUUUUAUACCAAUACUUGAAAAAUUAAAAAAUAGUUAUUUGAGAGAAAUCACAGCUUUGAAAAGGAUUAAAAAAUGGAAUUCAACACAUGGUCCUGAUGAACAAAUUAAUUCACCUAAAUUGUUACAAUAUGGAUGGGCUUAUCUUGAGCUACCAUCAGAAGGUCAAACAGGAUAUUCUUAUUGGGGGCCAUUUAUUUGUACAGAAUACUUUGAAUUUAUCAAUGAUAAUGAUGUUAGGAAUAAUCCCAAAAGGGUUGAUAAUAUGAGGAAUCAAUUGAUAAAUCUUAAAGCUGCAGGUAUAAAGCAUAACGAUAUUAAAGAUGAUAAUAUUUGCUUUGAUGAAUUUGAUCAAGCACAUUUUAUUGAUUAUGAUUGCAGUAUUGUUGAUGGUAAUCGGUAUCUGGAGAAUGGUGAUUCAAAAACUGCAAAUAUCAUUUUCAAAGAUAUUGCACCAAAAUUACAAUCCAAAGGUGUUAGUACUAGUACAGCUACUAGUACUACAACAUCCACUCCAUCUAAAACCAAUUCAAAUCUUAAUAAUCUAAUGUUUUUAAACUCAAUAAAAGUUUCUUAUCCAAUUCAUCAAAUAUCAAAUGAAACUUUAAGAUUCAUACCAGAUUCUCAAUUAUCUUUAAUUAAACCUUUAAUUGAUGAAUCUAAUCAAGAUAAUGAAUCAUUUAUUCAAAAGAAGAAGUAUUCAACAAGUGUUGAUGAAAGAAAUUUCCUUACUGUUUUUGAAUAUAAAUUAAAUGAUAAUUGGAUUUUAUGGGAUUAUUCAACUGGUUAUGUAUUUUUCACUGGAUUAUGGAAAAGUUGUGGUAAUAAUAAAACUGAUAUUGUUAAAUUAGUGGAAAAUUUCCCCAAUUUAUCAAAUGUUGUUAAAAGGGUUCGUGGUGGGUUUUUAAAAAUUCAAGGUACUUGGUUACCAUUUGAUGUUGUUAGAAAUCUUGCUAAAAAUUUUUGUUUUAAUAUUAGAUAUUGUUUAAUUCCAAUAUUUGGUGAAGGUUUCCCAAAAGAAUGUUUAUUACCAUCAGAUCAAAAUUUUGGUAAAUUAAUUGAUUUAAAUUCCAAGAUUCAAGUUGAAAAUGCAGCAAAUAGUAUGAAUAAAAAGAGAAGAUCACAUUCAAUAUCAACUCCAAUGUCAAUUGAUAAACCAAAUUUUAAAAAAAGAUCAAAAUCUGAUGUUCAAUAUAAACCAACAAUAACAAAUAAAAUUCAAUUAUUAGAAAUUGAAGAGAUUCUUAAAGCUUCAAAAUCUUUACAUGAUUUAUCAAAUACAUCAAAAUUUUAUCCAGCAGCUUCUUCAAAUUCAAAUUAUUUCUUUACAUCAAAUUUAUCAUCACCAAUAAGAUCAAGAUCAAUAAUAUCAAAUUCUCAAAUUCCAUAUGGUGGAUUUAUUUGGUCAUGGAAUGAAGAAAAUAAUUUAAUAAUCAUUGGUAAAGAUGAAGGACAACAACAACAUCAACAACAACAAUACAUACCACAAUAUGUAUCACAAGAUAUAAAUAAAUAUGAUGCUUCAAUACCAAAAAAUUAUGAUGGAAUUGAUACGAUUAUUAAUGCAGCUAAUCAAUUGAUGAAUUUCCAUUCAGGUUCAAAUCAAGGUACUCAUGGUACUCAGGGAAAUGGAAAUGAUGAUAAAAAAGGUAAAAUGGAUAUUGAUGGUUUACUGAGUUGA